GUUCACCGUGGGACACGACGGGACAGAACCGGACCAGGAGGAGAACUUCUGGUCUCAGGCGCUGGAGGACUUGGAAACAUGCGGUCAGAGCGGCAUCCUGCGAGAGCUGGAGGACUCAGAACAGGAGAAGCUCCUCCUCACUGCGGUACCCUCGUCCUAACUCCUCUCUGUAGUUUGACCCGACUCUAACGAGCUGCACAGCUAAUCGCUCUGAGCAAAGCAUGCUGGGAAAGCUUGCACACGGCCUGCUGAACAGUUUGCUGUGAAGCAGUUAAAUGUGCACGUGUCUGAGUGUUUGACUGGAUUUGUUUUUUUGAAUGUGAAAUAAAAAAACAAUAACAACACUUAGAAUCAAAGGCAGAAACAUAAAGAUUUGUCUUUCCAGAAAACUCUCCUGUCAUUAAGACAUAAAGUCCAAAACUUAAUUUUUUUAUUUUCUAUUA